AUGCCGCCCAAUUGCAAUGGCAAAGCAGAGGCCAACCACAGGUAUCUGAAGCAACUCCUCCCGGUUGCCUGGUCCCACAAUCCCUUAACCACCCUCAAGCUCAUCUGCAACCUCUUAGACAGGCGUUCAGGUUCAAUAACAGAUGCCGAAGCCUUCUACAAGGCGGCUUUUUGGCUCCAGCACAACCACCCCAAGACCCUCGCCUCCAACCUCCUGCCAAUUGCCGCCUGGUUCGGAUAUGGUGGUGGUAUGAGAGACCUUGUGAGGAUUCUCCACCGAAUUCUUGCAGGCCAAGACGGGGUCGAUGACGAGAUGAUGUUCACCAUGGCUGACAAGGUGGCUGUCGAGAGGUACGAGACUGACCCCGAUUAUCGCUUGUUACACGACCUCGUUUCGGAUCUUUUCGCCCACUGCCUCAACCGUGAUUUUCAACUUCUGAAGAAGGGGAUGCAAAUGGAUGAUAGUAUUAAUGCUCAUGAUCAUGAUAAUGAUGAGUCCUCUUCUAAUAAGUGCUUCGAGAUCACUAAUGCGGCCGAUUGGCUCGACCAUCGAGCCACUUUCCUGUUGGAGAGCGUUGCGAGGAAGGUUUUCCAGCAUCGACACCCACAAAGAGAUGUUAAGGAGGAGGAGGAGGAGCAGGCUGGUUAUGCUUACAGACUCCGAGAGCGGCUGAUGAAGGAGGUUGUGGAGCCCUUGAGGAAGAUGACUGCCUCGGACUAUGACAUUGCACUUAAUAAACCUCCCGAGUGCAACAGGUGGGGUUAUGAUUGCAAGUUUGAUGAAGAUGACUGCGUGUCUCAGAUAUAUUUGGAGGAAUUGAAAGCUGCAGCUUCCAAGAUUGAGAACCCUGCGGCUCUGCUUCCACAUCAAUAUGCCAAGGCUUUUAUCCGACCAUUAUCAGUAUGA